AUGUCUUCAACAAAUGGAACAAGUACAUUACGAGUUAAUGUUGCAUUAUCCGAACGUGAUACAAUUAAACUUAUACUCGAUUUUUUUCAACAACGUGAACUUUAUAUUAGUAUGCUUGAUAUAGAACGUGAAACAGAUGGUCAAUGGGAUGAUGUUAUUGAUUUUGUUCAACCAUUGAAAACAAUUGAUUCCUUUGAUGCUAAACAUUUUAUUUAUAUUGUACUAAAAUAUCAAUUUCUUGAAUUAUUAUGUUUAAAAACAGAAGCACAAAUUGAAAAUGAUUUAUCUGUUGAACAAAUUGUUAAAUUUCUUAAUGAUUUAAGACCAUUUGCACCAAAUGAACAAGAAUAUAAAAAAUUAUCAUUUUUACUUACACUUAAACAUUUACAAGAUCAUAAUGAUUAUCGUAAUUGGAAUCCCAGUGCUGGACGUGUACAAUGUUUUCAAGAAGUAUUUCCACUUGUUCAUCGAUUUUUACAAGUGGAUAAACAAACAAUUCCUGUUGCACAAGGAGAUCGUCUUAUUCAAUUACUUGUCAAAGGUUUACUUUAUGAAUCAUGUGUUGAACAUUGUCAAGCACGUGCCACGAAUACAGAUGAAACAAUUGAUUUAACUGAUCCAAAUAGUUUAUUAGCAAAUACACGUUUAUCAGAUACAGAUGUUUCAUUACUUUCAUGGCUUCAUGCAUUACCAACAGAAACAUUUUCAUGUCCAUUUGAACAAAAAUCUUUAACAUUAAAUAUUGAUAAAUUUCAAAAACCAAUUCUUGAAGCAACAUGGGCUGAACAUGUAUUAAGUACACCAUUUAAACCACAAACAAUGUUUCCAUUUAAUGCUACACCAACAGGAAAACCACGUUCAACUGAAUUAAUGUCACGUUCAUUAGCACCACAAUAUGAUGGUUUAUCUUAUGGUCUUAUACGUUCACAAAUUUUUGGUGAUUAUAAUCGAAAUUUUGUUAAUGAUAUGAGUCGAUCAUUAGCUAUAUGUAAUUUAAAAGAUAAUAGCAAUAAUAAUAUAAGUACAGUAACAACAACACCAUUACCAACUGUUGAAGAAGUUCUUCAUGAAGAUACACCUUCAUUAUCAACACCACCACGUACAUUAUCACCAGCAGCAAAUAUUAUUUCUCCACAAGCAACUCAUCGAGCACAAUCACCAAAACGUAGUGUUAUUGGACCACAAUUUACAAAUACUAAUGUAACAUCAACAUCAAAUGAUGCUAUCGGACAACAAUAUAUUUCAUCAGCGAAAUCGGCCGGUGAACCUAGUCAUUUGAAUAAUAGCCAUGCAUAUAAACAAACAAAUGGUAUAACAAUAAAUGAAAAUGGUAAUCGAUCACCAAAUAAUAAUCAAACAAUAUUACAAAAUACAAAUAAUCAACAAGCCGAUGCAUCAACUGAUCGUUUACUUAAAGAAUAUCAAAAAAGUCGUGCAGAAAUUAUUCGACAAUUUGAUGAACAAGAAACUCGACGAAAUGAAUUACAAAAACAACUCACGUCAUCAUCUACUAAUCCAAAGAUUCGAGCGAUUAAUGAUGUAACUAAAUAUGAUUCACUUGAAGAUAUUGCUCGUUCACCAGCAUUUAUCCCAUUAGUAUCUGUUGAAGACGUUCAAGCAAUACGUGCUAUUGAUGUACAUCCAAGUGGAAAAUAUUUUGCUGUUGGUUCAAAUUCAAAAACGCUUCGUAUUUGUGUAUAUCCUGAUAUAAAAAAUAUUCGUACAGAUACUGUAACACAACCAGCAAAAGUUUUGUAUAAAAAAGGCAAACAUCAUUUGGGUAGUAUUUAUUGUGUAGCAUGGUCACCAAGUGGUCGAAUUAUUGCAACAGGAUCAAAUGAUAAACUUAUUAAACUUGUUCGACUUAAUAUGGAUAGAUUAGAAGAUGAAUCAAAUCAUUCAGAAAUUGAAUUAACAUAUCACAAUGGAACUAUUCGUGAUGUUAUUUUUAUGCAUGAUAAUUUAAAAGAUGAUUCAAUCUUAUUAAGUGGUGGCGCCGGAGAUUGUAAAGUUUAUGUUACAGAUGUUAAAAAGCAAACACCUAUUAAAAGUUAUAGUGGUCAUCAAGGUCAUAUAUAUUCAUUGUUUGCAUGGGAUGCAUGUAGUUUUGUAUCGGGUAGUCAAGAUGGUACAUCACGUUUAUGGGAUAUUCGUCAACCAAAUUGUGUUAAUGUUAUUGCACCACGUCCUUCAAAUAGUGCAGUUUCAGCAGUAGCUGUUGAUAAUUCUGGUCAAUUAUUAGCAGCUGGUUAUGAAGAUGCUUCAUGUUUACUUUAUGAUCUACGUGGAAAACGUGUUGUACAAGUAUAUCAACCACAUUCAAAUGAAAUUCGAAGUGUUCGUUUUUCUGUACAUUCAUAUUAUUUACUUACAGCUUCAUAUGAUAAAAAAGUUGUUAUGACAAGUUUAAGUGGUGAUCUUACUAAACCAUUGGUUUUAUCAAGUGUUGCUGCACAUACAGAUAAGAUUAUUCAAGCUCGAUGGCAUCCAAAUGAAAUGUCAUUUGCUACAACAAGUGCCGAUCGUACAUGUUUAGUUUGGGCCCCACCUCUUUCAGCUUUAUCUACUCUUGCACAGUCACCAUAA